GUAGAAGUGUAAAUUAGUGUGCAGUGAAAUAUUUCAAAAAUAAUAAAAAAAAAUUUCAUAUUAUCAUUAUUUUCUCUAUAAAAAAUGUAAAAACCUAAAAAAAAGUUACAAAAACUGAACUUCAAUCUUAAAAAAAAACUCAACUUAAAAAAUCCCACACAAAACUGUGAUACCAAGAAAUAAAAAAAGAGCAAAUACUUAAUUUUACAUAUUAAACAAGAGUAAAAAUAAUAAAAUAUGCCACCCAAACGAGAUCCCUCAAACAACGAAACCCCCACAACUUCCAGCGCAAACAAUUCCAACGCUACUUUAGCAGCCUUACAAGCCAACACAACAACUUCCUCGACAACAAACAAUGGCAGCAACAAUACAACGGCAACAGCAGCAGCAGCUGCUGCCGCCUCUCUAAAUGCAUUGCCCAUAUUGGUGGCAGAUGCUGCAGCCGAACAGCGGACUAUAGCCUAUCAAGCAAAUGCUAAAUUGUGCCGUUUAGUACGUAAAUGUCCCUGGAUGUAUGAUCGUAAUCAUCAUAAUUAUGCCAAAAAGCAUAUAUUGGAUAAAUCAUGGUGUAAAAUAGCCAGAGAAUGUAAUGAUUCAGUGGCCUCUUGCAAAGAACGUUGGCGUAAUAUUCGUGCAGCCUUUGCUCGCUCUAUUAACAUUUACAAAACUCAUAGUGGCCCCAAUCGUGUUAAACCCUAUUAUUUGCACAAAGAACUCUCGUUCCUGGUAAAACCCAUGAUGGAGGGCCGUGAUAAAAAAGAUGAAUACGAUGAUACCCCAGAAGGCAGUGGUGGAGGUGGAGGAGGGGUUAAAGAUGAAGAAACUGCUGAAGAAGGCGAAGCCGAAGAUGAUGACGAAGAAGAGGAGGAGCCAGCCGAGGAGGAAGAAGAUUUCCACGAUGAUACAGCCGAUAUUAAAUCAGCAUUUGAGGCCUUAAAUCCUGAUAUACGCAUACAAGCAGAGACUAGAUAUCAGAAAUUAUUACGCAACAAUAAUAAUAACCACAAUAACAAUGAUUUCGAGUCGAGUGGCAUAUUUGAGCCCCAUACCGAAUUCACCACAGCCAGUGAUGCCGAAAAUGAGUAUCAUUUUAAUGAUGAGAUAUUGUCACAAAGCGAGGCCGAACGUAGAGUGGCUCAUAUGUUGCAGCAGAAUGGUUUAAAAAGGCCACCCAUGCAUUUGGAGACGGAGACCUAUGAUACUAAACGCUUUAAACUCUCACAAACUAGCAAUACGGCCAGUGAAAAUGAUAUACGUUUCUUGGAGGCAUUACUGCCCGAUAUGGCGCUUAUGAAUACGAGGCAGAAAAUCAUUUUCAAGCGAAAAAUCUAUCAAACCUUAGAGGAGGUAUUUGAAAAUUCCCAUGACUUUCCCAAUAUAGAGCAUAAUAAAAUGGAGCACACUACUACUGCUACCAACAGCAGCCCUCCAAAUCAGCAUAGUUAUCACUCUAGCCCUCUUUCCUCACAGACCCAAGUACGCCAGACAGUGUUGACGGUAAACUCCUCCACCGCACGCAGUUUAAUUAAUAAUAUAGCCAAUUUAAAUGAAACGGAGCUGCAAAAGGUUAAUGGUUUCUUGCAAAAUUCUUUAAGAAAUCUUGGCCCACACCAGCGUUUAGCAAAUGGCAAUAAUGCACCCAGCAGUGCGGCCGCCAAAUUAAUGUCUUCCACGCCCAAGAUUACCAUAACCAAGGUAACCUGUCCACCACCAGCGGCCUUAAGAAAUCUGGGCUUAGCUAAGCCACCCUCACCCUCACCAGCCACCGUAUCCACCACCAUACACAAUCCUGCCUCGGCUGUUAUAUCGUCCAAUGUACAUUCUACCACCUCCUCCAAUCCGGGCAAAGCCUGUAUUACUCAAAAUGGCUCUAAUGCAGCCAGCAGCUCUCAUCAAAAUAACUCUCCCUGGACCCAACUGCUGCCCAUUACCAUCAAAGAUGAAAUCGAGGAUGUGGAUAUAGUUUAGUUUUUUUUUAUGGGAAACUUUUUAAAAGUUUUUUGUUUUUAUAAUUUCCCUUUAUUUGUUAUUAAUUAAUUGUUUAAGAUUUUUAGCAUUUCAUUUUUAAUAAAACUUUUCUAAAAAGUUUUAAUUUUUUAUAAUUUUUUUACCCGGGCCCCUUGUACCUUAUUAAUCCUGCCUAUCUCCGCCUGUUUUACUUAAACAACUUAAUUUACUUAAUUUCUCUAAAAACAAACAAUUUUACUUUUAAAACUUAUAAUUUUGAUUAAGUUUUGGCUUUAAUUUUUAUAAAUCAUGUAAAGUUAUUAAAGGAAAACAUUUUUUAUGUGUUUCUUUUCAUUUUU